UACAGACAUUAGUGUGUGUCUUUUUUUCCUUUUAUUGCCACUUUGUCCCCUGGGUGUCCUAGAGGCUUAGUGGAGUGUUAAACAUGAAGUUCUCGGCACCUCACUGUCCCCUUCACCUCUCUGCCUGGGAGAACAUCUUCAUGUACUAAGCUGCAGCUCACCCUGGUGUCACCGCCAGCCCAUUGGGACAGAACACAGGUGGAGAGGACUGCGUUGACCAACGAAGGACUGGACCGCAAGUUGCAGUUCAACCGGAUACUCAAAACUCAAAAAAGACUAAAAACUUUUGUUUAAACUCGGACACUAUGGCCAAUUCAGGAAUUCAGCUCCUUGGCUAUUUUCUGGCUUUGGGGGGAUGGAUAGGGAUCAUUUCUACCACAACGUUACCUCAAUGGAAGCAGUCGUCGUAUGCCGGGGAUGCCAUUAUCACAGCGGUGGGACUGUACGAGGGACUGUGGAUGUCAUGCGCCUCGCAGAGCACGGGGCAGGUGCAGUGUAAAGUCUUCGACUCCCUGCUGUCACUGGAGGUUCACAUCCAGACAAUCCGGGCUCUGAUGGUGAUCGCUAUGCUCCUGGGCUUCAUCGGAAUAAUCAUCAGCGUUGUGGGAAUGAAAUGUACCAAAGUGGGUGACAAUAAUCCCAUCGCUAAGGACAGAAUUGCUGUAUGUGGAGGAGCCCUUUUCAUUUUGGCAGGUCUCUGCACAUUAAUUGCAGUUUCGUGGUACGCCACGCAAGUUUCUCAUGACUUUUUCAACCCAAAUACACCAAUCAAUGCCCGGUAUGAGUUUGGAUCGGCGUUAUUCGUCGGUUGGGCAGCUUCCAGCCUCACCAUGCUUGGAGGAUCCUUCCUGUGCUGUUCAUGUCCCAACUUAGAUAGCAGAGGACAGCAAUACUACCGACAAUCCCAGCCGUCGGCUACUACCAGAGAAACCACAAAAAUACCUAUAAAGAAGAAGGAAGAGACAAGUUAAUAUCAGAAGUCAUCAAGUGAUACGUUACUGGUGACUAAGACUCUGGGAAGAAUUCUGGAGUAUCGAGAAAGAGACAUUUUUGAGGAACGUUGUGAUGGACCUGAUUAGUCUCCAGGAUGUAACAAUAAGGAACUGAUUCUUUCUUGGACUGAAGGACCCAGAUGAUGUCCAACUGGCCAGCUGUGAACUUCACAAGGACUGGUGUAUAAACCCUGCUAAACAGGAAAAUGUAGGUGUUGUCUAUAGCAACCAAUCAGAUGCUUGUUCUCAUAAAGAAGCCAACUCUGCCGCAAGCUGACAUUUCAUGUAUGGUAAGGCUUCUAGUGCUGGAUUCCUUUUCGACAAUUACUAGAAAUAGUUUUGUCAAGAGAUCAUAAUGAAGCCCUCAAGGAAUCCACCAAGAAAUGCAACGCUAUCCUUUGGCUUUGUGAUAGGUAUGACAGAUAGAAGGAGUGUUUCUAUGCAGUGGCGUAGCGUGGGGGGUGCAAGGGGGGCCACCGCCCCGGGUCGCUGUCACAAGUGUGGAGAGGAGGGAGUGCCAAUAACAGAUGAGACAUAGUAACAUAUGGAUGAUGUCACCACUCCAGGCUUUACCAGUCAUUAUCAAGCACGCUCUCCUCUUCCCUACAGCCACCGCUGUCUCACAUAGUGGAUCAUGUAACCAGACUGGUGCUAGCUGAAAAUAGGCAACUCCAUGGGUCAGGGGGGCGCAAAUUACUUGCCUCGCCCCAGGCGCUGACAACCCACGCUACGCCACUGUUUCUACGAGAAACUCUUAUUACAGUAGAUGUAAACCCAAUCAGUAAAUUCUCAAAUAAUCUAUAACAUGUUGAAAUAACUUCAAAAAACCUUCUUAUCUGCAGUUUUUGGUAAAAUAAUACCUGGUGAUACUGGCAUAAAGGUCCAAGUUCAGGAACUUCCUGUUAUGGGCUGACAACUGUCUCAGAAUUUUCCUCCUGCAUUGUCACCCUGUCACAAGCACUCCUAGUGGAGGCUUUAAAGGGGUUGUAAAGGUUAAUUCUUUAUUUUCU